AUGCUAAGAUGGUGUGUGACGUGGUCACUCGUAUGGAGGACACAGAGCCUUACUCCGCCGAGCUGCUCGGCGCCAUGAUGCGCCUGUUGGUCCGACUACAGGCAACCAGGAGUGUUUCCAGCCGCGCCCGCGAGUACCAGCUCAACGACUCAGCGCAGUACUACCUAGACAGCCUAGAUCGGAUUGGUGCACCAGACUACCAGCCCACAGAGCAGGAUAUCCUGAGGACCCGAGUGAAGACCACAGGCAUCGUCGAGACACACUUUACCUUCAAAAACCUCCACUUCAGGCUGUUUGAUGUGGGAGGUCAGAGGUCGGAGAGGAAGAAGUGGAUCCACUGUUUUGAGGACGUCACCGCUAUUAUUUUCUGCGUGGCGCUCAGCGGAUACGACCAGGUGCUGCACGAGGACGAGACCACGAAUCGCAUGCAUGAGUCUCUGAUGCUGUUCGACUCAAUCUGCAACAACAAGUUCUUCAUCGACACCUCCAUCAUCCUCUUCCUCAACAAGAAGGAUCUGUUUUUAGAGAAGAUCAAGAAGUCUGCACUCAGCAUCUGCUUCCCCGAAUACACAGGACCCAAUACCUACGAUGACGCAGCAGCUUACAUUCAAGCACAGUUCGAGAGCAAGAACCGCUCUCCAAAUAAGGAAAUCUACUGUCACAUGACCUGCGCCACAGAUACAGGAAACAUCCAGGUGGUGUUUGACGCCGUGACCGACAUCAUCAUCGCUAACAACCUCCGAGGGUGUGGCUUGUACUGAGCCCGCCCCACACACCCCGUAAUGUCCUCCGCCUUUGUCCCCUCUUCUCUCUCGCCCCUCCUGUCCUCCUCCCCCUCCUCGUUCCUGUUCCUUUGACACUGCUGUGGAAAUGGUGAUGAUGACGAUGAUGAUUCUGCUGAUUAUUUAAAGAAAAAAAGAAAGAACUAGGUACAUAUUAAUAUUGAGGAUAAUUAAAAAAAAUAGGCAUACGUAUAUAUAAAAAAAAGAUAUAUAUAUAUAAUGUUUUUAGUUCUUGUCUCUUCUCGCUCCGACUUCUCCUCCAGUUUAUUUUUGGCCGGCUGCCAGGCAAAUUAAUUUGUAUUAGUAAAAAAUCACGAAACCUUGCGACCUGGAAAACGUCUUGAACAAAGUCAUUGAAAGCCUCCGCUCCCCGUCCUGCUCCCUUUUUCUUUUCCGCUGUGUCUUUUGUUGUUAACAAAAACAAAACCUGUUCUUUUUUUGGCUGUUUUUUUGUAUUACUACUAUGAAUCUGUUUUAUUUUUGUCGAUUGUGUGUAUAUUUAUUACAUGACUAUCAGUCUGUACACUGAUUUUUAUUCACAUUUUGCCUCACCUUGACACCUCUUAUUUGUGUAUUAGUUGUUUUUCUUGGUAUAGUAGUGAUUAUGUAAUAACAAUUUUUGCAGAAAUGUGUGCAAAUGUUGAUAGCACUAAAGAUCACCAGGCAGGUUGGCGAUAACAUUAAAUAAAAAACUUGAGACCUGCUGAAACUGACAACACCAAUUUUAGCGUACAGUAAGUCUUUUGUUUACAUUAGCCUUUUUGAAAUCAAAACAUUUCUUUUUUAACAAGUUGUAUCAUUUUAUUGCCCCCCAAUUCAGUUUUCAUUCAACAGGCAGUAAAGCUUCCUGUUUCCCACUACAGGCCUUAGCCAUUUGCCAACCGUCAGUUGUGGCCGAGUCUGAGAGCCAAUAGGCAAUGUGCUAAAUGUCCCAUCAGUGCCAUGUAACAGAGGUACUGUUCUGUAGAUAGCUACGCUUUUUAGAAGCAGGUACACAACGUCAUAACUCUACCUUCCACACUGUUAUGACCUACUAAUAUUCUCCAUGUGAGGAACCUUCCUCCUGGGUUUUGAUUAAUUUAUUAGUUAAUGUAUUGAUAGAUCACCUUUCUUACACAUACCACUUUCUCUCUCAUUCUCUGCAAUUUCACACCACCAUCAUGCCUUUACUUCUCUCACCUCCACCCAUCUCUCUUUCUGUUGCAUGUCGUCCUGAUUUCCUCCCUCCUCUUCUCUUCCUACUAAAGCCCUGACACAGAUAGCAUGAGAUACUCAAGCCUUUGUAUAAAGAGACCAGUUCAUUCAUAAAACUACAAAAAAAAGCUUCACAUAGAUACUGUUGAGAUAAUACGAUAACAAAAGAAAACGUUUUAAUAAAAAUUGCAAAAGAUGAAUAAAAAAGAUACACCAGAAAAGAGCUCAAAAGACGGAUAGCAGCUACAGAACGAGGCGAGGGUUGGUUCCUGAUGGAGGGGGUCCAAUACAAAUAAAGGUUGUGUUGGAGGAUGGAAGAAGACGUGUAGAGUUGAAGAUUCUUGCAGUAACACAACAAAUUCAAACAGUUAAAAAUAAAACACAAAAAAUAAUUAAACCAACGAGCGAGGGUCUUACAACAUGAACGACUACGAUCACAAUGAUCCUGAUAUAUUCUCAAAAGGUCUUUCUUGUGCUUUGUAGCUAUGACACGUUUUUUUCUCUAUGUCUCAGUUUUCUAAUAAUAAAGCUGUUUUGCAAAGGGUUUUGACAGCGAGCUGAUAUGGGACCACGACGAUCUCCGACUGACCCCGUGUUGUUGUAAUGCUCUGAACUGUGCCCCCCCCCCCCCCCUCUCCUUUUACCUUUUUGCCUGUUUCCCUGCAUUAGAACCGUGUCCUCACUUUAGCCUGACUCCGAACGAUUAAAUAUAAUAUUAUAACGAUAUCUAUUUUUUAUUAUUUCAGAAGAAAUGAACCACUUUUUUUGGGGAGAGCACGUUUCUCGCUGUGUCCGCUAGUUAGGGACGCCGCAUGUUCACACAUCAACGCUGUAUAAAGUCAUGCUCCUUUCUCCUUCUUCUGUCUCCUUUCAGUUUAAUACACGCCUUCCAGGUCUACAAUGAAAAGCACAGUUCUCACGUAACACACACACACACUUGCAGGCACUCACACAAACACACACACAAAAUAAGUAGAUUUGGAAAGUUGUUAUCUGUUCAUACCUAAUCUAUGUUAUCCCUCAUCUAUCUAUAUAGACCUCUUUUUCUUGCCUUCUUGAUUUCUAGUUUUGAAAAGAGAAAAUACUGUGUAUAAUGACAUGAUAUACCUGUUUCUUUGGCAUUCUGUUCCUGUUCCCUUCAUUGUUUUUUAUUUUAACCUCUGUUCUGUUCUUUACCCAGUGAAUGCUUUUCUGUGCAGCUUUCUUUUUCUCUCUCUCUCUCCCUCUACUCCUUUUUAGUGAAUGGUUGUUAUUUCAUGUGGGAUGUCCGUGCUGGAAAAACCAAUCGAAUGUAGUGUUUACAUUAAAAAGCCACUGUUUUCAUGACUACAAAAAAAUC